CUCUCCUCCAUAAUCCAAAGUCCAAACUCCGAUCCACUCUCUCCCUCUCUCCUUUUGUUUUUUUUGUCUGUUAUCAACAGAAUCCAGACCCUAAUACCCUUCUCGGAUCAUCCGGUUGGACCAACCUGUGGAGCUAAGCUUUUUGUCUCUGCUAAACAAUCUGGUUAUCUGGGCUUUGGUUCAUCUUGAGCCUAUGCGAUGGAAGUGGCUAAUGAAUCCACUGCUAAGAAACCAAAGAGGUUGACUUCUGUUGUGUGGAACCACUUUGAAAGGGUUAAGAAAGCCGACAUAUGUUACGCGGUAUGUGUUCAUUGCAACAAGAAAUUAAGUGGAUCGAGUAAUAGUGGAACCACCCAUCUGAGAAAUCACUUAAUGCGGUGCUUGAAAAGAUCGAACUAUGAUGUUUCCCAACUACUUGCAGUAAAGAGAAGGAAAAAAGAAAAUACCCUUACCAUUGCAAAUAUCAGUUACGAUGAAGGGCAGAGAAAGGAGGACUAUAUGAAGCCCACUAUUGUCAAGUAUGAGCAGGACCAGAGAAAGGAUGAAGCUUUCAACCUUGGAAGCAGUUGGUUCGACCCAGAGAGAAGUCGGUUAGAUCUUGCCCGCAUGAUUAUAUUACAUGGCUACCCCUUAGCCAUGGUUGAACAUGUUGGAUUCAAGGUAUUUGUCAAGAAUAUGCAGCCAUUGUUCGAUGUUGUCCAUAAUAGCACCAUUGAGCUGUCUUGUGUGGAAAUUUAUAUGAAGGAGAAGCAGAGAAUUUAUGAUAUGUUUAGUAAAUUGCAAGGCAGAAUUAACCUCGCCAUUGAGAUGUGGUCUUCCCCUGAGAAUUCUAAAUACGUAUGCUUGACAGCGCAUUAUGUUGAUGAUGAAUGGAAACUACAAAAGAAGAUUCUUAAUUUCUUAACACUUGAUUCUUCUCAUACCGAAGACAUGCUUUCAGAUGUAAUUAUCAAGUGUCUGAUGGAUUGGGACAUAGACUGUAAGUUGUUUUCCGUGACAUUUGAUGAUUGUUCGACUAAUGAUGACAUUGUCUUGAGAAUAAAAGAUCAGAUUUCUGAAAGCAGGCCACGUUUAAGCAAUGGGCAAUUAUUAGAUGUGCGCUCAGCUGCACAUGUUUUAAAUUCAAUUGCUCAAGAUGCCAUUGAAGCUCUCCAAGUGGUGAUCCAAAAGAUUCGAGGAAGUGUUAAAUAUGUUAAAAGUUCACAAUCAAUACUAGGGAAGUUCAAUGAGAUUGCCCAGCAACAAGGAAUCAACAACCACAAGAUCGUAGUUCUUGAUUAUCCUAUACGAUGGAAUUCAACAUACAUGAUGCUCGAGACUGCUGUAGAAUACAGGAAUGUGUUCCAUCACUUGCCAGAGCUUGAUCCGGAUUUUGCUUUGAGUGAUGAAGAGUGGAAACGGGCAAGUUCCAUUGUCAGCUAUUUGAAAUUAUUGAUUGAAAUCAUUAAUGUCUUCUCCAGCAACAAAUGUCCUACUGCAAAUAUAUACUUCCCUGAAAUUUGUCACGUCCACAUCCAAUUGAUUGAAUGGUGCAAGAGCUCGGAUGCUUUUCUUAGUUCAUUGGCAACAAAGAUGAAAGCCAAGUUUGAUAAAUAUUGGAGCAAGUGCAGUUUAGGGUUGGCAGUAGCAGCUAUCUUAGAUCCCCGAUUCAAGAUGAAGUUGGUUGAGUAUUACUAUUCCCAAAUUUACGGCAGUACUGCUUUAGAACGAAUCAAAGAAGCAUCUGAUGGUAUCAAGGAACUCUUUAAUGCAUACUCUAUCUGCUCAACUUUGAUUGAUCAGGGUUCAGCUUUGCCUGGCAGUAGCUUACCUAGCAGUAGUAAUGAUACUAGAGAUAAACUAAAGGGCUUUGACAAAUUCCUCCAUGAGACAUCUCAGAGCCAAACUGCAAUAUCGGACUUGGAAAAAUAUUUAGAUGAGCCCAUGUUUCCUCGUAACUGUGACUUCAAUAUCUUAAAUUGGUGGAGAGUCCACACACCAAGGUAUCCAAUCUUGUCAAUGAUGGCACGUGAUGUUCUAGGAACUCCUAUGUCAACCGUUGCGCAGGAGUUCGCAUUCAAUGCUGGAGGUCGGAUUCUUGAUAGCAAUCAAAGUUCACUGCCUCCUGAUACUCGACAGGCUUUGAUAUGCACAAGAGAUUGGUUAAGGACGCAAUCUGAUGAUGCAACACCAUCGUCAAGUCAUUAUGCGCUACCGCUUUACGUUGAAGCAAAUUGAUCCAAUCCUCCCCUUCUCAGUACAUGGAUCUUUUCCUAAGCUAAUAAAGAUUGCAUCUGAUUGCAUUGAAGCACUUGAGCUUUGGGUCAUAAUCAAAAAAUUGGACAAGCUGUUAUUUUAUAUCUGAUAAUGGUGUUUCAAUGUGGCUCUGGUAUUAUACUUCUUCCUUUAGGAUCUAAAAUUGAAUGUACAUUUGUAGGAUAAUAAGAACCAAAUGCUUAUAUAGCUAUGCCCCAAUUCAAGCAACUCUUUGCUAUGGUUGAUGUAGUUAUUUUAUUUCAAGUUAAUACUUAAGAUACAUGUUGAAAUGCCCUUUCAGGUUCUUGCUGGGCCUAUCAAGGCAAAUUUUAUUUUAUUGUA